AUGCUGAGCUUCAAGCUUUUCUGUUACAUUAGUGUUCUACAGAUUUCACUCAUGAUAGCUAACGGUUGGUAUUUUCUGCUAACUUUAUUUGCAUUUGUGGUUUGGUUGGUUUGAUAGGAUUAUACACACUUAAAGAUACUAUCUGGAAACUGUUUUAUCAGUCAAUGAACAAAAGUAAUUUACAUGUCACUCUGUCUUACUUUGCAGCUAUCAGUGUACCAGAUCCUGUGGCCGUCUAUCCUCUAAACAGCAAGUAUCUAUCAAGAGAAAUUAAAGAUCGACUGCCCCCAGGUAUCCUCAGUGAUGUGUCUUUGGCACCUGGAAUCGAUGGAAAAGAAGGCGGCUCCUACCAAUUCGCAGGAAAUAUUGGCAGUUACAUUGAAUUUCCGAAUAAUGGAAGAUUAGACGUAAAGCACUCCAUUACGAUUUUAUGUUGGGUGUAUCCUCAGACCACAGGUGGUCCUCUCUUCCAGUACAGCGGUUCCGAUGACUGGGGUGUUCACAUGUGGAUGGCGGAGGGAAAGUUGUUUGCUUUGUUCUCACGCAGGAACUACAAAUCCACAAUGUAUCUGUUUUACGAUGCUUUGGCUUUGGCUUUUAACCAGUGGCAUUACGUGGGGUGCUCGUAUGACUUCAUUUCCGGUGAGGCAAAUUUAUGGUUAAAUGGAGAAUCGGUGGUAAAGAUGAAUAUUGGAAAAGAGAUUGAACUUGCCACUCAAGAUGAAGUCCGAAUUGGUGCUAUCAACAUGGAUGAGCGGUACUUUCAGGGAAGAAUCACGGCCGCACAAGUUUAUGACGUGGCCCUGAACGCUGAGCAAAUAAAAGCCGUGGAAGGCGUUGGUCAAGGCGGUAAUUAUUCUAAGACUUUAAUUUAUGCCAACUGAUAACGUCCGCAUAAACCAGUUACCACGGUACCGCCUUUUUUUUGGGAUUCUUAUGAGUCUUGCACAGUGUUUUGUAGAUUACAGUCCAAUGAAUAGAGCGUCUUUGACCGGGUGUAAUGAGGGAGGCCAUUUUACUGAUAGAAGUCUAUGUGUUUGUAGCUGAUGUUUGCGCAGACAAAAAGCCCUGUCAGAAUGGGGGAGAAUGCAGAAGCUCUGGUGACAGCUACACCUGUUCUUGUGUUGAAGGAUUCCAGGGAAAAAAUUGCGAAAAUGGUGAGUAAAAGCUUAACCAAAAAAUGCGUCAACAGUGAAAGUGUGAGGAUAAAAUGCCUCCAAUGCUGCGAUACCUUUUUAGCAAAAAUUUCGACAGGUUGAUUUUAGAAAAUGAAAGCUUAAAAUUGACAAAAUAACUCUACAGCAGGCUACUACAGUUCGCCUCCGAUUCAGGAUCACAGGACCUUCCCUGAAAAGGCUUGACUUUUUUCAUAUCAGAGCAGUGAAGAAUGAAAUUUCGAACUAAAAAAUUAAUUAAACCUGUCUCUCAAGGACAACCUUUGUGCUUAGAAAUUUUAACUUUGAUGUUUUUCAUUCUGGCUAGAUAUCAACGAAUGUAUAACUUUACAUCCAUGCCAAAAUGGUGGACAGUGCAUAAACGCACAAGGCGGCUACGAAUGCAAAUGCAAACCUGGGUUUACAGGAAAAAAUUGUGAAAAAGGUGAGAAAAUUACUGGGCAUUUACUGUUGUUCAUAACCUUUGUGCUUGCAAAGAAAGUAACAAGUUAACCUUCUCAAAAACCAACUUGGGGAUUUCGACGGUAGCCUGCAGAGCAGGCGUAAUUUUGGCGAGCGAGUGCUCAUUAUUUUCUAAACAAAAAUUAUGGCCACCAUCUUUGAUUUUAAUAACAGCGGAUGGCUGGGAAGAGAAGAUAAUUUCCACUAAGGGGGAGGUCGACGGUCAAUGAUGGAGAGGGGUGGGAGAGGGGUGGAGAAGGGGGAGUGAAGAUUACGCCUGCCCGAAGUCAUUGUUAUUUUCCAAAACUCCGUUCGCCCACGAACGGAGUUCCAGAUGGAUGCGGUUAAGCUCCAGCUGUCAAUUAUAAACCAAAUGUGUCAUUUGGACAUUUUGCUGUUGCGGAAAAAAUACGAAGGAUGGCAAACUCUGUAGACGAUGAAAUUGUUAGUUUCAAUUCCGCUUUGAAGGAAGUACUCAAGUCUCUUUCGGAAUUCAAUGUCUCGUGUAUCAAAAUCGGUACAAAAAGAAACAAUUGUUACACUGGUUCUGGAAAGGAUCUACGGGCCGUGUUGCCAAAUGGCUUUGGGAAAAGCCUAAUGCUCUAGGUGUUGGUUCCUAUGAAAGAAGUUAUGACAGGGAAACCUGCGAGCGUAGUUGUCGUUUUUCCGCUCCAACGUAUUGUUUAUGAUCAAAUGGAAUAAGCAUCUUCGGAUUAACGGUGGCUACGCUCACGGAUUGGCCAUGAUUUUGGAGGACAUAGAGUGCGGCAAAUAUCAAAUUGUAUUUGCGUCAGCAGAGAACGUUUUGGUGAAGCCAUUUUUUUUCAUUAAUAAAAAAAAAAAGAAAAAAGCACACCGUUCCACCAGACAUGGUAUGCCGGUUUGCAUCAAACAAAUUGUGGUGCGUAAAACUUCGAGUGCUGUUGUUUGUGCUUCAAAGUAUUGUUUCAUUUGGAAAAAAAACCGUCAAAUAAAUUAACGCAUCAAUACUCAAGGAUUGUCGUUUGGAAAAUAUAGAGUGCAGCAAACAUCAGCUAACAAUUGUGACCACGGAGGUUUCGUCGAAGCCAUUUUGUUCCUGGGUGAAAAAAACGACCUUACCAUUUCACUCAUCGACUCUACAUGCUUUUUUUUGUAGGAAAACAGUGCUACCGGUUUUUAAUUUAACUCAUUUUGAUUGAUUACCUGCUCAUUUCCGUAAAUGCAGUGACGCGCAACUAAUUGGGGGUGUUUUGCUUUUCAACAGACUCCUCGGGCAGGUGUCUUCUCGCCCUUCCCCCGCCCCCUACCCCCAUCGUCCACUCUAACUCCAAAUCAAACAUGGCCGGUCGGAUAAACGAUCGCGAGCCUAUAACGUUAGCUCGCCGUAAUAAGACGCCGGCACUGCAGGCUAUUUCAACGGCAGUUUAAUGAUAUUUAAACCUACUAAAGUUUCGCGAAACCAACUGGGCACACCGAUGAUUAUGGGAACGGAAAUCAUAAAAGAUCCUAUUACUGAUACCAUAGCCAGGCCUUAUUACGCUAUAUUUUUUCUAGAAGGGCAUGAGGACUUACACGUUUCCGGUACUAGCCCAUGCUAUCUUUCCUCUCAUUUUGAAUCUUGCAAUGACUUUCCUUUUGUAAAAUAUGUAGAUUUACUUUCAGCGUAGAUUAAUGUGAGGGCAAUUCAAUGUGGCAGAUCUGUUAGCACGCUAAUUUGACAUUCUGAGAACUUUACGUAAUUACUACGCAGAUACAUGGUAGCUCUACCGCUCCUUAUGAACCAUAAUCAUCCCUCUUUCUUAGAGCCAGGCGUGUACAGUGGACACGAUACUAUUUUAAAUAAACACUUCCAAUGGCACGCGCAGUCUCUUGGACGGAUCAGGCUCCAUGAGAUGCACUCCACGGGAAAUAAAUUGCGAAAACGAUCUCGGCUCUUAUAUCACUUUUUGUAUGUUUUUUUAAUGAAAUGUAGAUGAGGACGAUUGUUUAAAUGCUGUGUGUCACAAUGGAGGAAAGUGCAUCAACGGAAUCAACAGCUACACGUGUGACUGCAAGGAAGGAUUCAUUGGAGAACAGUGUGGUAAGAACGCUUAAAGGUCAACGGGUGUGUUUUGGUGACACCUUUUCUUGAACUGUUAAGGCUUUCCGGCAAAAUAGAAAUUCGAAAAUCAGCAUACGAGAGGUAAAAUUUGACCCACCUCUUUACCGCUCCAGCAUUCCUCUUAAGAAUACAUUUCGGUUCGCUUUGGGGGUACAAGGGUUUUUCCUUUUUUUGAACCUACUCUUUUCAUAUUUUUGUUCUCUUUGUUCUACGUCAUUGAUUAGUUCUACUGAUUUUCAGAGCGAGACUGGAAAGCUUGCUUUUGCCUACCAAACAGCUUAAAACCCGACUUUGUCAUGAGAUUCAUACCUAACUCUGUACAUACACUUACCUAUCCCCUUUCGAAAAUGUACGAAGCGAGAAUUUUCUUGCAAGUGUCGUCGCUCAUUGUUAUCUUAAUUACAGAGGUAAACUUUUAAAGGAGAUCUUGCAUUAUGGCUUUGAGAAAUAAAUUUUUUUACUUACAUAAUUGUAUCGAUGGAGUUGAUUAUAUGUGUUAUAGAGUGGGAAAAGCAAGGAUGCUUUAAAGAAGUCAAAAAUAAAAUCAAGAACGCUAUGGGUAAAGUUCUCGGAAAAUUCAGAAAGUACAAGAAGAAUAUCAAAGGUGCUGUGGAGGCUUGUAUGAAAGCAGCUAAGGGGAAAAAACUGGAGAUCUUUGGGGUUCGUAGCAAAUUCAUCUGUGCGACAACCAAAGGCAAUGCUGAUUACAAGAUGCAUGGUGCAUCACCCAAAGGGUGCAAAGAAGAAGGAGAUUACGGAGUCGGAGUGAAAUUGGCCAAUUACGUCUACGUUUUGAAGAAGAAUUAGAGCCAUAAACUUUACAGCAAGGGACCUUAAGUUCACGGUGAGUCCAAAGUUACAAUUACUUAAGAUUGCCACUAGACAAUACCGAUUAAAAUAUGGGUUCCAGGAUUCAUUUCACUCUUAAGCGAGUCGAAAAGUUUGGCAAAAGCUGUUGACCUAAUUCGUCCGUUAAAAAAGGAAAACGCUGCGGUUCUCAGACAGCCGAUCAUAUAGCCACUGCGUGAAAACAGAAAAAAAAAUUAAAAUCAUGUGAGAUUGAGAUGCGCUUCACUAACCCCAUCAAAGGUGUCGUUUAAUUGCUGUCAAUAAUAAUUAUUUUAAACAUUGACGCAGUAAUUUAUCUUUACACUGUGCUCAUAACAACUUAACGAACAAACUGCUUAGAUGUAAGGGAUAUAAGGAACAAUAAGAUAAGAUAUGAGGUAAGAAUAUUUGUUACGCUUGAGGUAUCUGUGCAGAUUGACCGAAAUUCAUUUAACGGUAAUCGGAGAACGGCGUCAAACAACAUGUGACUGAUUUCUUCGUUUUCUUGGCCGACGACUCUUGUGCGCUUCCUCCUUACAAAGGAAAGCCUGAUCGCAUAAUCAUGAUGAAAAAAGAAACCUAACCACCAAAGUUCUGGGGCCCUGAAAAAGAAAAUUCUGAUGUCAAGAAAAGUUUCAGUGACAAACACUUGCUUGUGUCACAUUAGAUCUACAUUACAAGUUUAUUUGUUCACGUUGCAUUUUUUUCCCUCUCAGGCCUGGUUAUCAGCAAGAAGUUGCAACGAAGAUUAGAAAGAGUAGAAAGAAACUGAAAUGUAUCAGCUUAUCCGAAUCGUGGGGUUUUAUCUGGGAUCAAUAAAGUGUGUGGAAAAACUAUCAGUGUUGCAAUUCUUUUAAAAGAUUAUUGAUGAUUGUUGGUCGGGAAUGGUUAUCAGCGGAAAUUAGGAAUUCUUAUCAAUAGACCCAAACGAAAUUGUUCUGUGGUAUGAAGAAAUAAUUGACGCGCACAAGCCGAAAAAUAAGGACAUAGAAAUUUCGUCUUUCGAUUCACAUAAAGCGUUCAAAGAGGAGACUUAACAUGUUAGACAUGUCACUCAAAACAAAGAGAUCAUUCUUACCUCCUCACCUUGCCGUAAUAAGCUGCACUGUUGUAUCUCAUUUCGAUCCGUGCCAAUGUUUGGUUGCUUCAAGUUAGCUCAAGUGUUAAUACGCACUAAAUCAUUAUAGCCACUGUUUUACGCCACAGAGGAUAUCUUCCAAAGUCCAUGUUAUUAAUGUUAUUGGAGGGUUGUGGUCAACCGUUGGCGUAAAAACUGACAAAUUUUGUCGUUAGUCGAAGAAACCCUUAACGCUAAAAUUGUUUCUAUUGUCCGUAACGGAAAGAAAGCAACUGUUAGCCGUAAAAUAGCUAACAUUUUAAGCGUUAGCCGUAAUAGCCAUCAUCUCAUUGUGCUCCUCGAUGAUACACAUCCAAAAUGUUUCCUCUUCUUUUUCACUUUUAGAUUAAAAUCAAUUCUCGGGCAAGGCCAAGAAAAUUUCAGUGCUAAACCCAAUAGGUCCCAUAGUUUUUUCGACUUCUUUCAGCGAAACUAACUUUUCCACUAUGUGUUGUGAUGAUGACGCAAACAUCCCUUAAAGGCUGAAAGCCAAGGGAACCUUGAAACCGUAUGCCCACCGUAACUUUACGAUCAUGUGCAAUUGCACCCUCAAGAACAAGUCGAUGAUGAUAGCCAACAGUUUGAUUAAAUGAGAUACGAAUUAGAUUAAGGAAGAGUCUCUUGAAUGUUUAGCUCUCCUGAUCGUUAGCCACUCAUGUCAAUCUUGUUUCUCUUUAUCACGUUGUCUCUCAGACCAUGAAGAAACGAAAGUUUGGUAAUCAGGUUACAAAAGCCCAAAACCAAAGUUCUCUGCUCUCUACUAUUAGGAAUUUCUGCACAUUUAGGGGUCUUACCAAACCUCAUUUAAGUCCUCUUGCCUUUGAAAUGAAAGGCUAUGCAAAUUAUAACGGGCAACAUCUUCAUUUAAGUUCCUGAAUUAUUCCAUCCUUUUAAGAAAGGUUGGUUGGAUAAACUGACCGUUUUUCAUUGAGGACGUGUUCCUAAUGAUCGGAGAGUUUACAAUAGCCAGUUUGUUCACUUGAAACUGCAAUUCUUAUUUAUAGAAUAUUGCUUCCCGUCCAAUAAGGCCUGAUCUUAUUUUGGUCUUUACCAAUUAUUAAUAUAUAGAUUUAGCCAAGCUUAGAGCGGAGCUCUUGUUAGUUUACUUUCCAGCCCUUGUACAUUACCCCACUUUCAAAGAAGAGCAUUUCCCAUGAAAAUUUAAGCAUUAAAAACAUAAGCUACCAGUAACAGGCUUUUCCAUUGUAAGUGUUUCAUAACAUCAUAUUCUCAUCACAUUUUUUUGUUACAUUAGAAAGCAUGAUAUUUUACCAUUACAUUUUUUAAUCAUUACAAUAUAAUAAAAUCCCCCAUUUUAACCCUUUAACCCUUUAACUCCCAUGAGUGACCAAGACAGAAUUUCUCCUUACAAUAUCGUCGAAGUCGUCGAUUUAAAAGAAUUAGUAUUUCUAGUUGGAGUUUCGCGAAUGGCUGGUUGUGUUUACCGUCUGUUACGGCGUCAAACUUCAACUUCAACACAACGUAUCUGAGCAGUGUUAAGUCCCAAAUGGAAACUUAAAUGAUUUGCAGUCGGGGUUUCCAAUCUCAGACCACGCAAAUUUGGUAAUUUCACGUUGAUAAUUGGGACUGCAAACCACGACGGCGACGGCAACGAGGAGACGAAAAAACAAAAGAUCUUAUUGGAACAACAAUAGCUCAGCACGUGCAUUUUAAAAUUUGUAUAUUUCUUGGCCGUCCUAUGCAAAACAACAACGUGAAAUCACCACAACUUGCGUCGUCUGCGAAGCGAAACCGCAACGGUAAAUUAUUUUCAUUUCCAUUUGAAACUCAACGCGUCUUUUAUACGUUAUGCUGAAGUUAAGGUGUGGCGCCAUAUGAGACGGUAAACACAUGCAGCCAUUUUUGAAAUUCUAAUUUAAGGCAGAAAUUAAUUUUUAAUCGAAGUCUUCCUUGGCGUUGCUGUCCUGACUGCUUAAGGUCCCUAUUGGUGUGCAGAGGACGACGAAGAAAUGUACAAAUUUUUAAAACUCACGUGCUGAGCUAUUUUUCUGCUCAUUAGAUCUUUUGUUUUCCCACAUCAUCCUAGCACAGGCUAUCAACGUAAAACUGCAACGAUAGAAUUUUAGUUAUUUAAUGGAUUUUCGCCACUAGGCAGGAUCUUUAACAUCGCAACAAAUGUAAGUUUUGUAUCAUGUAGUUUUUUCGUUGUUCUCGUUGUAGCUUUCCUUGUGUAUUUAGUCUAGUUUAUAUUGUAAUAGUUUUCGUUCGCUGUUUUAUUUGCAGUUUUAACCGUACCGUGUACCGUUCGCGUUUAAAAUUGUUAGAAUUAGUUAAUAUAAAUCGCCAGUGGCAGUUACAACGAGAUUAAACUCAGUCAGACUUGAGUGUGAGAUUAAACCUACCUUAGAGCCAAAUUCAUGAUGCUGAAGUUAUUGUCCUAGCGAUCUUCAACAGCCGUGGUAGACUCGGUUUUUUUGUGCAGCAAGCGAGUACUUCCCCAGAGACAAAGGACAGCCCUACCGCUAUUGUGAAUAUUUUGAGUAAUUCCCCGUUAGUCCCGUUACUUGAGAAGAAAGCCUUUCAUUCAUCAACCUGACCGAGUGGCGCCAAAGGCGAAUGACGUGUCAGCAGCUGAUUGGCUAUAUCAGCACACGUGAAAAAAUAUUUUUUCACGUGUGUUGUUAGACUUUUCUCAGGGCCGGAAAUCCCUGUAUAACACCACAGUUUAUGUUAUAACAGUAAUUUUCCAACUUGUGACUUUAGAGACACCAAAUGCCCUUCGGAAAGGAGCCCUUCUAAUAUUCAAGAAUGUCCUUGGCUGUGGAACAGAUUACUCAGUCUCAACUUUAUUUAGGAAGUAACCUUUCUUAAAUUUGAGACUUAUGCCGUGUUAUCUAUUAGUUGAUAAGAUCUGCAGCCACUUAUGUUAUUCUAAUUUCUAAUUUUUAAGUUGUGGUACGCGAGUCUGUGAUGUUUGCGAUACCAGAGUUGCAGCGCGAAGCUCUGAGGCAGAUAAAGCGAGACAGGUUCAUUAGAAAGGAACUCUUCUACAGUUUAAGAAUGUCCUUGGCUGUCGCAACGAUUAAUUUGUGUCACCUCUAGGAAGUAACAUUUCUUGAAUUUAAAAGUAGUGUUGUGACAUAUGUUACUUGGUAAGAUCUACAGUCACUUACGCUCGUUUAAAUAUCCUAAUUUUUAUAACUGAGCUUCGACUUUACAUUUUGUGAAAAAACCAAAAGUGAAGUAGUUGUGAUUCUAACAAUCCUUGAAAACAAUUUGAUAGAAGCAUAAAUAAUUAUGCAUCUAUAUGGCGGAAAAAACUCGGGAACCUCGCAAAGUUAUUGUGACGCAAGGAUGCGUGGGCUUGCAGACUACAUAAAAUAGUCUAGAUAAGGCGCAACGACGUCAUUCUCCAGGUUUUCGCAUUCCAACUAAAGGUUUUUAAAUUCAAAUGCUGCGUUGCCGUUGCGUCGCCUCUUUACUCUCAAAAUAUCUUUUAUGAUUGUAAUACUAUUCUAAAGCAUUGCAAGCUUUUAAAUGUCCUCCGUCGAUCCCUUUGCUAACUGAUGUGACAUUUUGCAUAAUUCUAAAAGAAACGCAUAUUUUGCAAUCUGAUAAACACACGCACGGAAGUAAUUGAGGAAAGUCAACGGCAAUCAAGAGUGCUAACAGAUCGGGUCACUGAAAUCUGACAGAUAUCGACGAAUGUUUGAAUGCGAAGGUGCCGUGUGCUAAUGGAGGAAGAUGUGUCGACGGAAUCAACAGCUACACGUACAACUGUGCGGAUGGUUAUGUUGGAAAAUAUUGUGGUGAGAAGAUUGUAGCCCUAUUAUACAUAAAAGUUAGGUACACGAGUCAAAUUUAGUAAACCAAAAACUUUAAAAACAGAAAAAAAUUCUGUGUCCAGCACACAAGAAUGGAAUCGCGAAUUAUUCUAGACACCAAACUUUAAAAAUAAGCCAUCAUAGUGAUUAAAAAGAUUUAUAACAACUAUUUCGGACAAACUUGAAAACGUCGGCCAGACAUUUUCAAGACAACUCGUUUCGAAGGAAAACAAAAACAGGAUAUUGAGAGAAUUUCCUUGGGGAAAAGAGUAAAAAUAACGCUUGGUACAUUUUAGUUGUGCUGUAAAAGUUUACCCUGACCCCGAGCCGGUUUAACGAAAGAGCCUAAUUUUAUCGCACCGUUAAAAGAGCCAUUGUUUGCCAGGAUUCAUUGGUUCGGUAACUUCAACAGACCAGUGAAGAAAUAGUUACCACUUCUCAUCACUAUAAGUCAAAAUCUAAUAAUUGUGUCGUUGUAAUAACUAACAUACAUUGGAUACAAAUUCAUAAAUUUACCGGGUUUUUUUUCUCCUCCUAAUUCUUUACCUCGUCCACCGAAAUCUGAAGUAAUUAUAUCGAAUACUUCAAGGUUAGAAACUGGACUUCAUAACAUAUAUCACCUUAAACACAUAUUACUUGGCCUCCGAGGAAAUUGUGUCUCUUCUAGCUUCGCUGAUAAUGUUCAAUUUGUUUUAUUAAGAAUGGGAAAAGCAGGGAUGUUUUAAGGAGGUGAAAAAGAAAAGUAAAAAGGCCACGAGAACCGUAUUUGCAAAAUUCAGAAAGUACAAAAAGAAUAUCCAAGGUGCGGUCGAGGCUUGUAUGAAAGCAGCUGAGGACAAAAAACUGGAGAUCUUUGCGGUUCGUGUGAGAUACAAGUGUGUGACAACCAAAGGCAAUGCUGAUUACAAGGUGCAUGGUGCAUCAUCCAAAGGGUGCAAAGAAGAAUGAGAUUACGCCGUUGGAGUAAAGAGCGCAAACUAUGUCUAUAUUUUGACCAAAUAGCUGCAACAUGGAACUCGAUAAAACCUGGUGAGUUUGAUGCUGCCACCUAUGAAAGGUUGUUUAUUAAGUCAGUUUAAAUAAAAUUAAAAACUCUUUACGAGGAAGUGAGUGAGGUGCGCAGAAAACAUCCCAAGGUAACUCAAAAUGGUUUCCCAUCUCUAAACGUCAACAUAAGCGGAUCGAUACUUCUACGCCUACUCCCGUGUUCCCUUGUUACUGGUAUCAAAAAUACAAGUUGCAACUGGGAAAUUCAAUGUUAUACCUCUCGAAAGUGUUUUUUAAAAAGCUGAACACGAGCUAAAUAUCAGAAACCUGGAAAACUUAUUUCCCUUUCUAUGGAAUUAAGCGACUAGGGAUAUUUCUGCUCGCCAUGGAUGAGUUGCUAUUCCGUCGCGUUUUAUACCAACAAUUUCUACUAGGUUUCCUUAAAGUUUGUUGGUCGGCUUCAUUUAUACUCCUCGAUGGUGAGAUAAGUGUCUUUAAAAUAGCUAGUUCUAUUCCUUGCGUUGACCUUCGGUUGUUUGUUUUCAUUUUCCUACAGGUUUAUCUGUUGGCAAGAUGUCGUUUGAUCAGUAAGUCGGUGUACCUAGAAACCUGCCCCAUUAGUCAUAAAUCAUCAAAUCCACAGUUUAAAUGAAUUGGAUGAAAAAUUUCAAAACGGGGAAACUUUUAAAGCUGAGUGUACAGGUGAGCAUCCUUUUCAAAAAGAUUGGAAUUAAACAAUAAAAUGUCAUUUAAGCCGUGGAGAAAAACCACCUUAGGCUCCAAUUUUAAGCUCAGUUGACUGAAUCUCUUCAAUCUAAUAUAGGUCCCUUUUAAGGAUUCAACGAGAUUUCAGAGCUGCUUUUUGACUGUUUACAAUUAGAAAAUAUUUGAGACCGUAUUACGUCUGAUAGUUAGCUCCAAGGAGGCCUUCUAGUUUGCCUCUGUAAUUACGUUGUAAGCCACUUCUCGUAACAUACUGUGCCAGUGAAAACUUGAAAAAGCUAGGUACCUCAAGCCUCCCAAGUUAAGAAAGCACAGAAAACUGAAAGUUAUCAUUCUUUUGAGGAAAACCUAGCAAAUUUAUUUUCCUAAAUAAUCAGAAUUCUGAAGAGCAAGAGUAUUCUCAUCUCUCUAGUCGGAAGGUUGGAGGUCUAGGGAUACUUUGGGAAGCUAAGAAAUUUCAUGCUUAUUAAACGUGUUUUGACAGUUUUAUGUCAGUUUGAAAUGGAGAAACAGGGAUCGGAAUUUAUAGGUUAUUCGAAUUAAACGGGAUGUCAUUUGUUAUGAAUGCUUAUCUUGAGAGAUUGGAAAUCUAGAAAAAGCUUAGAAAACUACAGUCUCAACUAAGUAGAGUAGAAAGGAGGACAAUUUCUGAAGUAUUUAGCUCCAACAAGAGAUUCUUAACUGGUUUAUGAUCUCUUGGCUCCAAUGUGAGAGUCUCAAUAGGGUGAUGGCUUUUACGGAAAUUUCUCGCCACAUGCAUCUUCGAAAGGGGAUGGGUUAAUGCAUGUACAGAGUUAGGUUUGAUUCUCAUGACAAAGCCGGGUUGUAAGCUGCUUGGUAGGCAAAAGCAAGCUUUUCAGUCUCGCUCUGAAAAUCAGUAGAACUAACCAACGACAUAAAACAAAGAGAACAAAAAUGUGAAAAGAGGAGGUUAAAAAAAAAGGAAAAAUCCCUUGCACCCCCGAAGCGAAGCAAAAUGUAUUCUAAAAAGAAACGCUCGAGCGGAAAAGAGGUGGGUCAAAUUUUGCCUCUCGUAUGCUGUUUUUCUUAUUUCUAUUUUGCCGGAAUCGUUUUCGCAAUUUAUUUCUCGUGGAGUGCAUCUCAUGUAACCUGAUCCGUCUAAUAGAGUGCACACGCCGUUUGAAAUGUUUUAUUUAGCACAGUGUCGUGUCCACUAUAUACGCCUGGCGCUAAGAAAGGGGGAUGAUUAUGCUUCAUAAGGAGUGGUAGAACUACCAUGUAUCCGCGUAGUAAUUACGUACAGUUCUCAGAAUGUCAAAUUAAUGUGCAAACAUAGAUCUGUUAUAUUGAAUUUUCCUCCCAUUAAUCUACUAAGGAAAUGCAUUGCAAGAUUCAAAGAGGAGAAAUGAUAAUAAUGGCAACACGGCCAGUAGAUCCUUUCCAGAACCAGUGUAGCAAUUGCUUCUUUUUGUUCCGAUUUUAAUUCACGAGACAUUGACAGCUUCAUCAUUUACAGAGUUUGCCAUCCUUCUCAUUUUCCCGCAAGAGCAAAAUGUCUAAAUGCCACAUUUAGUUGUUUAGUAAUUGACAGCUGGAACUUAACUGCACGAAUCAGGAACUGUGUUCGUGAGCGAACGGAGUUUUGCAAAAUAACAAUGACCUCGGGCACUCCCCUUCCCCCACCCCUCUCCCUCUUAUCGACCGUCGAUCGCCCUCUUGGUAAAAAUUUUUUUCCUCUUCCCAGCCUUCCGCUGCCAUUAAAAUCAAAGAUGGCGGCCAUAAUUUUCGUUUGGAAAAUAAUGAGCACUCACUCGCCAAAAUUACAUCUGCUCCGCAGGAACCGUUGAAAUCCCAAAAUUUCUCUAGAGAAAGUAAACUCGUUGAUUCGAACUCAUGGUCGAGGGUGAAGAAUUAGAAGACCGGACAUCGGCAAAGGAAACAGAAAAGUUUCGUAUUUGCACUUUAUAUUAACAAAAAGUCAAAAAUUCUGGUCCGCUCUUCUCCUGGUAAAAGUUCGCGUUGAUUACACAAUUAUCCUCGUUACACACUAAAAGGGCGUAUUUAAAUGUUUCUGAAUCCUCUCAGGAUUAGUCCCAGUCCUCACAUAAAUAAAUUACUAAUUGGGAAAAUCACUCCUCCUUAGUGCGGAAAUCUAUUUAUACUCGUGAAUAGAUUGAGCAACUAAAAAAAUUUCAAUUUUAUACUGCAUUUAGUUCCUGUUUGCUUGCAAUUAAGCAGAGCUUGUGAAUUGGACGAUCAUAAACUAAUGUAGCAGUCUUUAUCCUGGCUUUCCUUCUGAGUCCAUCUUGUCCAGGACACAUCUAAAUUACUAAGCCCAUCUUCCAUGUUCUCCCCUUGGGGUGGGUUCUAUCUCCAACACCAAGUCACCUUCUUGGAGGUUUCGCGUUUCAUCCAACAACUUCAGAACUCUUGUGCUCGUUUCUCAGUGCUUCUCAUGAGGUGUCUCGGGUUAAUUCUCUCUUCUGGCUCCGGCACGGGAGGCGAAAAGUGGUGUCCGAUUAAGAGGUCAUUUGGCGUGAUAGGCAGAUUUUAUCAAAUCUUGACAAAGCUAGGAUAGAGAGGACGUACCUUGAUCAAAUAGAUCACUUCUUCCAGAUACGUUCUCCCCUGUUCCUCUGUAAAGUUUUGAUUCUUCGACGAAGCGUCUAAGGCUUGUCUUACUGAUUUGAUGAAACUUUUCACCACUCCGUUUUGAUGGCUAGCUCGUGGUGUGUUCCACUCCCAGUGGAAAGCGCAUUAAAAUUCUUCUGAUAAGACAUUUUGAAUUAUGGGGAUGUCCCAACCUUGCAACAUUUCGUUCAAAUAACUUUGUGCGCCAACAAAGGUCGUACCUCGAUCCGACAAACAGUUACUGGGAUGUCCUCUGAGUGGGGAAAAUCGUCUAAAAGCCAGGAGAAGCGUAUCGGAGCUUCUGUGUUACGAGCGCUAGAUUGACCGCUUCUGUAGUCAGGCAUGUAAAUAUGAUUACUAGUGCUUCUUUCCGUGUUUUUCUGCCGAUUCGUAUUUGCAGAGGUCCAAACAUGUCAAUCGCUGUGUUGCUGAACGCUGGGAAACCUGCUGCAACGUACAGUCUCGGAAUCUGACCCAUCAUUUGCUCCAACGGUUGACUUUGCAACUUCCUGCAGGUCAUACAUUUAGCAGUUACUUGUUUGGCCAUGUUUCGCACACCCACGAUCCAGAAACGCUUCCUUGAUUCGUAGACGAAAUUUUUGUAACCGCAAUGUGCUCGCUUUUCGUGAAGGUAUUUCAGUAGAGUAGAUUUACCGAUUAAUGACCUCUUGGAAGGAUAAUGGGAUUGCACAUCUAAUCUGGUAACGAUCUGAUGUUCUCUAGUCUUCCAUGAGCACUCAACGCUCCUUGUUCAUCUGACGCUGGAAUCAGCUUCUUGUCUACAGUAUCUACAUCGAUCGUCUGUUGACUCCAUUUCAAUAACCACAGCUCGGAUUCUCUCAAUUCUUCUGGCGAAAUGGCGUCUCUCUUUUGCGCUUUCAACCUUGUGUUGUUGGUGAAUCGUAGUACAUAAGCCAAAGUUUUCCUUGUCUUGGCGAACGUGGAACAAGAUUUCAUGAAAUGUUCCAAAAUAGGGUUAUCUUUUGACUUCGUUGGUGUAGCUGAGCAAUUUACUUGUUUAUGGGUUUUCGCUGUCUUGAAGUUGUUGGGCGGCUUCAUUUCCUCUGACAAUUCUUUACCACUUUCCUUAGGAUUUUCUUCAAACUUUGGCCAUUCUUCUUCUAGGCGUUUCAAGAGUGGAUGACCUUCAUACCAGGUCUUCAACUUUUCUGGUGGAGUUCCUCUCGUCAGGACAUCAGCAGGAUUAUGAUCAGAUCUGAUGUAUUUACACGCUUCUGAGCCCAUUGUUUCCUAGAUUUUAGCAACUUUCACUGAAACAAACGGUUUGAACUUUCUUGGAGAGGUUUUAAGCCAGGUUAACACGGUCUGAGAAUCAAUCCAGAACAGUUUCUUGCAAUUGCUGAUCUCGGCGAAUUCUAGUGCAUGUUCAUGUGUUCAUGUGUGUUCAUGUUCCAGUUCUAUACAUUUACUGUAUAAUUUUGCAAGUGAGGGGCACCCCAUUAACUCCAAGCAUGGUACUGACUUUUUCUUCAAAGAGGCAACAAGCGCUUUAACCAUGAGCAGUAUGCAGGAAUAAUUGCCAUCUGCGAGUUUCCAUCGAAGGAAUAUGGCUGAACCAUAGGCUUUCUCACCUCCGUCGCAAAACCGUGAAUCUCUGGCAAUCCUACCGCGUUGUUAGGAUUUAGCUUUCUGCUGAACUCCAACCUAAGGAUUUGGUUGAGUACUUGAACAUUCUCCAUCCACUUCAUUUGGCUCUCUUCAUCCCAUGAAUAUCCUACGCUUCAUAGUUCUUGUAAAUCGAUCCUAAAUUCAAUGGUUGUUGGGGUUACAAGACCCAAGGGGUCCCAAAGCUGAGUAAGGUAGGCCACACAAUUUCUCUAUGUAAGAAGGCUCCAUCGAACGAACGAGUUUUUCUUGUGUUAUUUUCUCAGUUCCAUGUCAAAACUGACAACUGUUACUCAUUACGAAAUCAUUAUAAUUUAUACAGAGUGCGGUGCUCGUGCUUAUGUUAAUUGCAUAGUUGUGCGUGCUGUGUGAGUGCGAAGGUGACAAUUACAUAGUGUAACACUUGAAGGUAAAUGUGUCGUGAACUUUGUUCCACUUAUGUCCAAGGAAAUCCGUGAGCUUCCGAGGCUUUGGCCGGGGUAUUAAUUGUUGGUACAGGUUUGUGUCCAAAGCUCGGUAUCUUUUGUUCUCCACAGAAAGCGGUGUAACACUUGGUCAUCUGGAUGAAUCUUCGCUUGGUUGAACAUUUUGCGUACGUCACCAGUAUACGCAUCUUUGUCGAAGCGCCAUGCAAUGAACGUGUCGGGCAAACUAUCGAUAUAGUUCGGUCCUUUCUCGAGAUAAUUAUUCAAUAACUUUCCAUCACGUCCUUGCGCGGAGGCAUAGAAUUCUAGCAGGACUUUGGUUGUUCUUUCAGGAGUGAAAACUGCUUGUAGGGGAAGAUACUAUUCCGGAGGUUCAUGGUUUAUCUGAUCUGGAGGUACUUCUUUUCCGAAUUCUUGUUCAAGUUGCGUCUGAACUUCGUCUUGUAUUACUUCAAGGUAAUCUUUUCUCCUGAACGUUUUUUCGAAAGAGAUCAUUCGUUUGUAGGCGACAUCUUAGUUACUCUCUUUUGGGGGACCCUCGUCAUGGCAUGCGCACUUGGACCCGCCCAUCUAAUAUCUGAGUUGAUUUUGCAAUUGACUUGAUAAAUUUACUUUCCUUGAAAUCUUUAUUACUACACGUGCAGAGCUCGGUGGGUUGACUCCCAGCAUGUCUUGAGUAAGGAGUUUCUCCAUGUCUUCAAUAGCACUAAUAAUUUCAACUUCAGUUUAAUGGAUUCGAGAAGGUUGGUUCUCUUGAGAAGCAAAUUGUCCUAUGACGAACUAUCCAAAGCAGUUUAUCUUCGCAGUAGGCUCUCCAGCAUUACCAGGAAUGAAGUGCAUAUCGAUAAAGGCAUCAGCACAGUCCGUUCCGAUCAGAAAGUCUACAGUUCCACCUGAUGAAUGCAGUGUAUUUGAUAUUGCUUUCAAAUGUAGGUUGCUGUUUAUAAUCUUUCUAGAGACUGCUCUUGCUGGACUGUAAGGCUUAUUUAUCACGUAAGCUCUCACUGACUUCUGAAUGUGGUCUUCAGCUGUUGACACAACACUUAUGUUAAUGAGCUCUGAUUCUUCUGAUUUCUUAUUACCUCCUGCCAGGUUCAUGGUCAAAUGUGUUUUAGCACCGCUUAUACCGAGCUUCCUCUUUACAUUCUUUGAAAUGAAACUUGUGUUCGAGCCACCGUCUAGCGUAGCGAGGACUGUAAAAAAAAUCCGUUUACGGAAAAAAGAGACUAGAGUCCAAAAUCCGUAGAAAAUAUGUAUUAAACUAACAUUUAGCUAAAUAAAAACUCCGAAAUUUGUGAAAUCACGCGCGCAUCGCAAGAAUUCAAAAAGAAUACGAAGGGGGAGAGGGAGAGGAAAAUUGUAACUUGAAAAUUAGGAAAACGAAAGAGGUUUUCUACAUCCUCCCCCCUCGAUCAAUUUCCCUUAAAAAUGAGUCCUCCUGUUCUUGAAGAAACUGAUGGGCUUUUCGUCUUCUAACUUCUCCUGUGAUAGCGGCACUCCUCCUCUGCCUGAAUGGCUCUUGCGGCUGGCCCUUCUAACAAACUUCUCAAAUAAUUGAAUUUGUCAACGUCUGAUAAACCAGGGUUGUCAUCGGCUGCACUUGCAAAUGAGUCCCAGAGUGGAUUGAAGGAAAUGGGAUCACCAUAGAAUUUCUUAAUAUUAGUCUUCAGCAGUUUUGCCUUUCCGAUUCCAAGUCUUUCAGUAAACGAAUUAGAAUUAGAGAGAGGAAUUGACUUAUCUGUAUUUCCGGCCUUUUCCAGUUCCAUCGCGUUGAGAUUUCCGUCAAUUUCUACUAUAAUUUGAUAAAUAGAUUCUCUGAAGUUUCCAGUUUCCUUGAUUUCAUCUUCGAUGUGCUCUUCUGUCAUUAUUUCGUCGUCGUCGUCAUUAUUUCGUCGUCCAGGGUUCUAAAGACAUUGAAUUUUUCCGUAAGAGCAAUCCGAUAAGUUUUCAAUUAAUUCGCCAGAGGAAGUUCAAAUUUAUCGAGUAAGGCUUUUACCUUUUCCAGAGUCGUCAUAACGUAUCCUUUAUGUCCUCCUCUGAUCUUUCUCUUCUUUUUCAGUUCUUCGUCAGCCAUUUUCCAGAGAGAGGGAGCGAGUCAAUAUUCCCGGGUCUUGGCACCACGUAAAAAAUCCAUUUACGGAAAAAAAGAGACCAGAGUUCAAACUCCGUAGAGAAUAUGUAUUAAAUUUCUUGAAUGAACCACAACAUUUGGCUAAAUAAAAAUUCUGAAACUUCUUUAAAUUCCAAACAAAAGAGAAUUUGGAGAAUUUUCCACGACUGUUCAAUCGUUUUGCACGGCCUUGAUCCGACUAAAAUGAGUUUUUUAGCUAAUGCUUUCCGAAACCUUUGCAAUUGUUCAUCUUUGUCUUGUUUAUACUUACCAGAAUUGACAAUUCGUACUUCCAAGUUGCGCAAGAACUGACAAUUUCUCUAGUCCGUGGCUUGCGUACUUUUGCGAACUCAAAACAUUGGUCAUUUUUGUUACUGCUAAUGUCAUUGCUUCAAGCGCUUCGUGUUUAAACCGCGGCUUUUCAGUCGCGAAUGAUUUUUGAUAAAUGACGAACUGUUCUUCGCAUUUUAAAAAAUUAGCUUUGGCUUCGUCGCCGAUUACUGAUUCUUUGUUUGUGAUUCUUCUGACACUUAUUCAGCAAGUCUGUCGGCAAUUUUUUCUUGCCGCUUUUUAACACUUCUAUAUUUAGAUUCGACUUCUUUGUCUACGUAUUCAAGAGUACUCCAUACCGGUUCAACUUGGACGUGGAAUUCUUCUAAUAAGUCGUUCAAUGAAACUAUUGCACUGUCUCUUCCCGCAAUAAAUGUUGAUAAUUCUGCUUUAGGAGGCAUUAUAUACUACUAACUUCAGAUAAUAAAUAUAAAUUCCCGUUACUAGCGUAAAAGUUUGUUUACACACUUCCUAAAACAUGGCAUCAAUGUUUCUUGGGUUUCUUAAAAUAGACAGGUAUCUCUUGCUUGAAUGUAAACAGUUUAACUACGUGAAUACUCGGUCAAUUGUUGAAAAGAGUAAGGUCUUUACGAUAACAUCGUAAGUGAUAACUGAAUUCUUUAACUCCUGAACUUGAACAUGAAAAAACGAGGUCGGCGGUAAAUUAGGAAUUGUUUUACCUUUCAGUUGUCAGAUUUACCCGUUAAGUAGGCUUCUGUCGGCUUGUGUGUUUCUGAAGUCUUGAGCUUUCAAAUGCCUUUUCGUCGAGCCUUUUGACUCACGACUUGUUCUCCUGGCGGUCCGUGGGCCGUUGACUUCAGGCUGGCUAUUCGUCGACGUAUGCUCUUCUUUUCUCGGCCAGUGCAAAAGGUUGUGAACAAUAGUUGAUGCCAAGUAAUUUUCUCACCUUUUUUACAAUUUUUACCCGUAAACCCAGGUUUGCAUUUGCAUUCGUAGCCGCCCUGUGUGUUUAUACACUGUCCCCCAUUUUGGCAUGGAUGUAAAGUUAUACAAUCAUUGAUAUCUAGCCAGGAUGGAAAACAUCAAAGUUAAAUUUCUAAGCACAAAGGUCUAUUCCUGAGAGGCAGGUUAAAAUACUUAUUGAGUUCGAAAAAAGUCAAGCCUUUUCUUCUGAGUCGGUUCAAGGGGGGACAAAUCAAGCGCGAAUACAACGAAUAACUUUAUAGCUAUGGUGUCUCUUUCUAAUUUUGUUUUGUUUUGUUUUUUUUUGAAAAGAAACAUCCAUUAAGUCUGAUUUUUUAGGUAUUGACAUGAACUAUUGGAACAAUCAAUUUACUAAUAUCAAUUAUGGUUUGCCCUGUGUGUCUGUAACUUUAUAGUAAGUUUGUCGCUACGAUUUUCUUGAAGCAAAGACAUGCCAACUUUUCCUUCGAGCGGUUUUGGCGAGCACUUUAGAAAAAUCUAGUCGAGAAUUUCUGAAGUUCUUUAAUUUAACCACGCAGUGAAAAAUAUAGGCUUAAAACGGAGCAACCAGUUAGUUUAAAUGCAUUCUAGAUAGAAAAUUUGAUAAUAAGAAUAAGAACGAAAUUGUCCAACAAAAAAGAAAGGGAAAGGUUCGGUCAAGGAAGGUCCUGUGAUCCUGAAUCGGAGACGAACUGUGCGUAACCUGCAGUGAAGUUAUCUUGUCAAUUUUAAGCUUUCAUUUUUUAAAAUAAACCCGUCGAAAUUUUGACCAAAGGUAUUGCAGUAUCCUCACUCUUUCAUUGUUGACACAUUUUUUGUGAGGCUUUUUACUCACCAGUUUUGCAAUUUUUUUUUCCCUGGCACCCUUCAACACAAGAACAGAUGUAGCUGUCACCAGAGCUGCUGCAUUCACCUCCAUUCUUAAAGGGCUUUUUGUCUGCGUAAACAUCAACUACUAAACACAUGAACUUCUAUCAGUAAAAUGGCCUCUCUCAUUACACCUGAUAGAAGACCCUACUAAGGACUGUGCAAAAGAUUUGUACAAAUUUAAAAGUUGAGGUACCGCGUUAACUGGUUCAUGAAGAAGUCAUCAAUUGGCAUAAAUUAAAGUCUCGGAAUAAUUACCGCCUUGACCAACGUCUUCCACGGCUUUUAUUUUCUCAGCGUUCAGGGCCACGUCAUAAAGUUGUACGGCGGUGAUUCUUCCUUGAAAGUAUCGUUCAUCCAUGUUGACAGCACCAAUUCGGACUUCAUCUUGAGUGGCAAGUUCAAUCUAUUUUCCAGUAUUCUUCCUUACCACUGAUUGUCCAUUUAUCCAUAAAUUUGCUUCCCCGGAAAUGAAGUCAUACGAGUACCCCACGUGAUGCCACUGGUUAAAAGCCAAAGCCAGAGCAUCGUAAAACAGAUACAUUGUGGAUUGGUAGUUCCUGCGUGAGAACCGAGCAAACAACUGUAACUGCCAAUAUUUUCGAACUUGAGCGGCACGCAAAUCAAGCCUCUCGACAGUGGAUUAAAGGCAUUGAGGACCUUAACUUUCAAAGGCAGUACUUUUAACUCAUGGAAAACAGCAAUAAAGUGGUAACGCCUAACUUACCUUUGACACUUUUAGAGUAUGGCAAUCCAUUUCAGCAGAAAUAUUUUGCUGUUGGUUAUUCAUUAAUCGAACUGAAUGCGAACAAUACAGAUUUUAAUCCUAUUUCUUACUCAUCACUCGACCCAGAUAAAUUUACAUAAUAACGUUUCCCGCGCGUCAAUCAUCCUUUCAUUUCAAAGAGUGAUUAGUCCUUGAGUCGCUGAACAUCAAGAUCCAAAUAAUUUUUUAAGUAAACACCAAUUAAGGAUACCACCAAACAGUAAGAAAUACAUUUAAUUUUAAAGAAAGAAAUAUCAUCAAGAGAACACGAUAAACCGUGUAAAAAGGCAGAACCGUGUAAAACCGUGAAACAAGGCAGGUCACAAGGAAAAUUGUGACUUGAACAUUUCUUUCAAAUAAUUUAUUUUAACUGAACUCCCCUUCACUUGAAGUUUGAUCAAAGGACUCAUUCCCUUAUCUUGGGUUUUUAACAAGCUGCUUGACUUUUCUCAUCACCAGCACUAAUAUGGGAAGAAGGAAAAUAUGUUUUAAAAAUUGUGACAAAAGUUGCUGCCGGUUACUAAUACGAAAUGAUCAUGGUAACUCAUGUGGUUUAGUAAUUUUUCUGUUUUCGCCACGAUAUGAAAGGAUAAUUAUGAAACAGUAAUUUCUAUUGUAGUAUAGGAGUUGGCUGUUCGAGAUCACAAAGUGAUCGCGUACGAAAACGCCAACUCUCUAUACUACUUUCCAUAUUAUGGAAAUUAUUCAACGAAACCAUUUCAUUAAAUUAUUCAACAAAAUCAUUUGAUGGAAUUAUUUAAGGGAAUCAUUUGAUGGAAUCAUUUCAUAAUAUUAAAGUGUCGGAAUACUAUAGGAGACCAGUGCUACGAUCUCACAACAUUUUUCAACUGCGAAACAUUUUCAGAAGAGCAGGAAAUCAAUGAAGUAAUUUAACAGAUACUUUUUCGAGGAAAUUAGUCAUAGCAUUUGAUUUCAUACGGCAAUCGAAAUAGUGGUUUUUCACGCGUCGGAAUUGAAAUAGUGGUUUCCCACGCGACAGGACUGAAAUACCGUGCAAAAAUGGGCCGUUUUACUCCCAAGUGCCCCAAAAUAGACGAGCAAGCGGUGGGUUGGUCUUCACAGCAGAGAGACCAAAUAAUUAAUUUGUAAUGUGAAAUGAGAAGAGUGUUUGCUAAGUCGAGUGAGAUAUUCUUUCAAUGCGUGGGAAGCAAAGAAUCUGAUUGGUGGUCAGAAAUACGUUGUUGUCAUGACGUAAAGAGCACUGCAGUCACUGACUUUACGGUCUUUUCGCGUUAACAUUAAAUCAGUACUUGGUUUUGAAUCCCAAACCUUCGGUAAUAAGCCGAACCCCGUUUCUUGUGUAAAAAUCUCCCAGACUUUUGUGUCAAAUACUGAAAAAAUCGCUCGGCUUACAGGUUAAGAAAUACGGUAGUGGUUUUUCACGCGUCUGAAUUGAAAUAAUGGUUUCCCACGCGUCUGAAUUGAAAUAAUGGUUUCCCACGCGUCGGAAUUGAAAUAGUGGUUUCCCAUGCGGUUUAAUUGAAAGAGCGGUUUCCCACGCGUCGGGAUUAAAAUAGUGGUUGAAUUGAUGGUGUACGACACUAUUUAUCAUCAUAACUAGUCUUUAUGAUUCUGAUAUGAUUCAGAAUAUGAUUUAUCAUCAUUUAGUUUACAUCUAUGCACUUUUUCUGUUAUUGCUUCAAAAUCUGCAUAGAUGACAAAUGGUAUUGGUAAUUGUUUAUUAUAAUUGUCAAAUUUCAAUAAAUGUUUUGACUUUUCAGGCAUUUCAAUUACUUGUUUACCACUUAUUGUGAUACAGUUAGUUUUAUGCUCGUUCAACACAUCUUCAGAACUGAAACACCCGUUGUAGAAACUGGUUUAUCAGGUACUAGUAUUAAGUCGCUCUGCUUCACCAUUUGUUUAAUGCUUGGUUUGGGAGUUGAUUCUGCAUUCUGUUUUAGCAACAGUUUGAUCAAUUCUGAUUUACUGUACCUUUUUAAAUCAGCCUUAUUCAUAUAUAUAUCUCUGUAUUUUUCAUUCAGUUUCAUUAUACUAUACCUAUAGAUAUAUCUUGAAAUGUUUGAAAAAUAGUGGGUUGAAAUAAGUUGAAAUAACCAGUUUGUGGAUAAUUCAAAGAUAAAAAGGUGCUUAAUCACUGUUGCGUUGAUGCGUCUUGCCUUUUACAUGCGUGCAUUUGCCAGCCAAUGAAUAAUUAUGACCGUUUUUACAAGCAUCACAGUACAACCUUCUGAUUGCUUUGCGAAUAUCUAAAGCACGCCCAAAUAGGUAUCUAUAUUUCGAUCUUCCAGCGUAACCCUUUUCCAAAGCCCAGACAGUCAGACUUCCUCGAUAUUCACUUCUUUCGUCUUUUUCACAUUCUCUUUUAUAUUCAGCAACAAGUUUUGGGGCUUCGCUUUUUGACAUUGUAGGUGCACUGAAAGCGUCUUUCAAAAAUGAUAAGCCUUCGGGUACAUUAGAUAAUCUUUUAAUAGAACUUGCUUGUUCCAAAAUUUCAUGCGACAAUCGAAAUAGUGGUUUUUCACUUGUCGGAAUGGAAAUAGCGGAAUGACGAGUUUGUUGAAUAAUUUCCAUAAUAUGGAAAGUAGUAUAGAGAGUUGGAGUUUUUGUACGCGAUCACUUUGUGAUCUCGUACAGCCAACUCCUAUACUACAAUAGAAAUUACUGUUCCAUAAUUUUCCUUUCAUAUCGUGGCGAAAACAGACGCAUUACUAAACCACCUGAGUCACCAUGAUCAUUUCGUAUUAGUAAUCGGCAGCAGUUUUCGUCACAAUUUUUUAAACAUAUUCUCCUUCUUUCAAUGUCAGUGCUGGUGAUGAGAAAAGUCAAGCAGCUUGUUAAAAACCCAAUAUUGAUAAGGGAAUGAGUCCUUUGAUAAAACUUUAAGUGAAGGGGAGUUCAGUUAAAAUAAAUUAUUUGAAAGAAAUGUUCAAGUAACAAUUUUCCUUGUGACCUGUAUUGUCUCACAGUUCCAUACGGUUCUGCCUUUUUACACGGUUUAUCGUGUUCUCUUGGUGAUAUUUCCUUCUUUAAGCUGGUUUUUGAGAGAAUAACUCAUUAAAUGUAUUUCUUACUGUUUGGCGGUAUCUUUAAUUGGUGCUUACAUUAAAAAAAUAUCUGGAUCUCGAUGUUCAGGGUUUGAUCAAAAAGUACUAAUCACUCUUUGAUGGGAUGAUUGACGCCCAAUACGGGAACAUUGUUAUGUAAAUUUUUCUGAGUCGAAUGAGGAGUAUUAAAUAGAAUUAAAAUCUGUAUCGUUCGCCUUUAGUUUGAUUAAUGACCCAUCAACGCAUGCGCUGAAAUGGAUUGCUGUACUGUAAAAGCGUCAAAGGAAAGUUAGGCGUUACCACUUUAUCGAUGUUUUUCAUGAGUUAAACGUGCUGCCUUUGAAAAGGUAAGGUUGACAAUGUGUUUGAUGCACUGUCGAGCGGCUUGAUUGCGCGCCGUUGAAGCUCCAACUUUGCAGAAAUUCUGUCUUAUCUUAAAAAAAGGAAUACAAGACGCAUCAGCAGAGUUAUGUUUAGAAUUAGUUUGCAAUUAUCGUUUCCUUAUUUCAACAGCAGAAGUUUCACAACAUGGAGAGGUUCAAGGUGAUCUUUCAAAUCAGUGCUCUACAGAUUUUGAUCACGCUUACUAACGGUUAGUAUCCUUCAAGAUUUCUUUUUUGCAAGAAUAGCGGAGAAAGUCUCUCGCCCCAUUCAGACCAGAUCAUCUUCCCAUGAGACCUCUUUAUCAUACAAUUACCAAAUCCAUUCAAAACUCAGACUGUUUUACCUUUCGGCUGUAAGUGUACCAGUAACUGUACCAGUGAACAGUUUUUACGAGAUCGAAGCUCAAGCAAAACUGUGAGCUUCGAGGAACAAACAACAUCCAAGGAUACAUAUACGAGCAUUUGUUCUCGCCAAAUGGAGGCUAUUGAGUUUAUUAUCCUCCUGCAAUACUUUUGCUACCCGUGGCUAAAAUGUUUACGAACAAUGUAGUGUUUGCUGCGCGUGGGAUGGCUUUUCAGUGUUGCCUGGUACCACUUUAUGAACAAACAAAAAUGUUCCUUCUCCGGUAACAAAAAAUAAACGCGCUCUCAUCCUGAAUUAAAUCUUAAACGAACACUUUUAUCCUAGUUGAUGUGAAGUUUGAAAAUUGAGGAAUAUCACUUGAGGUACAUCGUCAGGAUACAUAUACGAGCAUUUGUUCUCGCCAAAUGGAGGCUAUUGAGUUUAUUAUCCUCCUGCAAUACUUUUUCUGCCCGUGGCUAAAAUGUUUACGAAAAAUGUAGUGUUUGCUGUGCGUGGGAUGACUUUUUAUAGUGUUGCCUGGUACCACUUUAUGAACAAACAAAAAUGUUCCUUCUCCGCUAACAAAAGCUAAACGCGCUCUCAUCCUGAAUUAAAUCUUAAACAAACACUUUUAUCCUAGUUGAUGUGAGGUUUGAAAAUUGAGGAAUAUCACUUGAGGUACAUCGUUAGAUAUUUAGGUUUAGCUAGGGCAUAUUCUUUCACUGGAUGCAUUAAGACCAAUCGCGCAUAAGCGAGAAAUAUUUGAUAGAUUAUAAAAAGAGAUAUGCAACUGCUGAUAAAAUUAACAAGAACCAGGUUUGUUUUGAAAAGUUCUCUCAAACUGAGCGAUAAAGUCCCACAUUUUGUCUCUGAUUCUUCAUGCGUGACUAGUUACAAGCAAAGAAAAAAAUAAAUUAAUGUUUUUGUUCUGAUGAUCAACAGAACAGUAAUACCAAUAAAAAUUUUUUCUUGGUAGGAUCUGUAAUCACCUGAGCCUAUUCUUUUUUCCUUUUUAAUUUCAAAGAACUGAACAGUAAACUCCCAAGUUAUGAGCAAUUAAACUAAAGGUCAAAUAAUUUUAAGUUCUAAUUUUGCUGUUCGAGAACUGCAGAGAAAACAAAAGAAUGUGAAAUAUUCGUAGAUGUAUGGCAGAAAAAAGAAAUGCAGGCCUGGAAAACAAGAUAUCAAGUUAGGACACGUGCAAACCUACUUUGAGGGGGGCAUGCUAUACAGAUCAUCCAGAUCUUCGUGCAGACUCAAGGUGUUUCAUAUUGCUGGUAUUGAUUUCCUUUCUCUUGUAUUGAGGGAUUCAAGAGUCAAAUGUACGUAAUAACGGUCAUUAAACGUGACUAAAAAUACGCAUGAACAGGAAGAAAAUUUUCCCCCCUGCACUCCCCUCUUAAAAGGUUUUUUUAUUUGGGGCAGAUGUUGAUGAAUGCCGAAACUCAAACCCAUGCCAAAAUGGAGGACAGUGCGAGAACACAUAGGGAAGCUUUUAAUGCACAUGCAAACCUGGAUUUACGUGAAAAAAUUGCGAAACAGCUGGGUUAUCCACUAUAGACGAAACAUUUACUGUUGACUGCAGGUCUUGUGAACUUUUGGACCAAAUUUAAAAACAAUAAUGAUGAUGAGAAAGAUGUUUUUCGUCCUAUAAUGAGCGUGGAACAAAGAAAAAAUUCUGAGUCCCUCAGAGGAGAGCGUCAUCAGUGAAAAUGAGCACCAAAAGGGGAGGGUAAUACCUCUUUGUAAGCUAUUCAAGGGAAGGGUCACACACCUUUUGCAGCGUUUUUUAGAGAGGAUUUUUAUGACGUUUCUUUCCAUUUUCUCACGGAUUAAGUUUUUCUUUUCACCUAUUUUCAUUUAAUUUGGUGUUUUAUUAUAGGUUCUUGGUUACAUUCCUACAUGCAUAUUGUGCCAUGGCACAUAGUUUUCUCGGAGAAUUCGUGUCCUUUUCCGUUCGUAUCGAAACCAUUAUACUCAGGUAUCGUUUCUUCAGCUUCCUGCUCCCGUUGACUAUCUCCUUCCUGAUCUCCUAAGUCAUUUGGUUCUCAAUUUGAGUCAGAGGUUGGCUGAAUGCUGUUGUGACUAUCCUGCACAAUAGAAGUCAAAAUCUUACUGCUAAUAUGUGCCUUCACCCCUCUCACUUUCUCAUCUUUCUUUCCUUUAAAUGCAACAUUGUGGUGAUCAAUAUAAAGUUCAAGUUUACCUAUUCUAAGGGAUGACAACCGGUUUCUGUGAUAGAGAUCUUCCAAGUCAAUAUCAUCGUAUUCCUGUUGCUUUCUUUCCGCACGCUUCCUGUCUUUAUUUGUUCGCCGCUUAUCUUAUGUCAGUUAGAUGCCCAAUAUAAUCUGCAAGAAUGCAAGCUUUUCCGAAACAAUGUCUUUUUCAGGAAACUGUUUGAUUGCCUUUUUAUCCCCUGCCCUGAGCUUACCCUCUUGAAAUAAAAGGGUAACCUCAUAAGGUUUGCGGACGCUUUUAGGUGUUUUCGUACUUGAUGAGUAGUGAAAGUCGAGAAGUUUGCUGUAAUCGGGAUAGAGUCGUGGAGUUGGCGUCGCUGAAAAGGACUUACAAAGUCUGAAAGUUUAUACUUUCAUUUUCAAACUUCAGCUAUAAAACGCAAAAUAUCCCACACUGAUUGUUCGCAUUCUCUUGUUUCAGCUCGCACACAUCCAAUGUCGAGAUAUAUUUAUAUUGAAACAUUUUGCGUUCGCAAGAGAAAUGUUGUGAGGUUUCUGCGCCAUGGAACAUACCAUGUAGUUGUUAGGGGGACACUUUAUUUACAUUUGUGGUUUGGUUUAUUUGACAAGAUUACACACACUUAAAGAUACUAUCUGAAAUUGUUUUAUCCUUCAAUGAACAAAAGUCGUUUACAUGUCACUCUUUUUUACUUUGCAGCUUCCAUUGCACCAGAUCCUGUGGCCGUCUAUCCUCUAAACAGCAAGUAUCUAUCAAGAGAAAUUAAAGAUCGACUGUCCCCAGGCAUCCUCAGCCAUGUGUCUCUGGCACCUGGAAUCGAUGGAAAGGAAGGCGGCUCCUACCAAUUCGCAGGAAAUAUCGGCAGUUACAUUGAGUUUCCGAAUAAUGGAGGAUUAGACGUAAAGCACUCCAUUACGAUUUUAUGUUGGGUGUAUCCUCAGACUCCAGAUGGUCCUCUCUUCCAGUACGGCGGUACCCAUCGUUGGGGUGUUCUCUUGUGGAUGUCGAAAGGAAAGUUGUAUGCUUAUUUCCCACACAGGAACUACCAAGGCUCAAAGUUUCUGUAUUACGAUGCUUUGGCUUUGGCUUUUAACCAGUGGCAUUACGUGGGUAGCUCGUAUGACUUCAUUUCCGGUGAGGCAAAUGUAUGGUUAAAUGGACAAUCGGUGGUAAAGAUGAAUAUUGGAAAAGAGACUGAACUUGCCACUGAAGAUGAAGUCCGAAUUGGUGCUAUCAACAUGGAUAGACGGUACUUUCAGGGACGAGUCACCGCCGUACAACUUUAUGACGUGGCCCUGAACGCUGAGCAAAUAAAGGCCGUGAUAGGGGUUGGUCAUGGCGGUAAUUAUUCUAAGACUUUAAUUUAUGCCAAUUGAUAACGUCUUCAUAAACCAGUUAUCGCGGUACCGCUAUUUUUUUAGAAUUCAUGUAAAUCUUUUGCACAUUGCUUCGUAGUUUACAGUCUAACGAAUAGAGGGUCUUGUAUCGGGUGUAAUGAGGGAGGCCAUUUUACUGAUAGAAGUCUGUGUGUUUGUAGCUGAUGUUUGCGCAUACAAAAAGCCCUGUCAGAAUGGGGGUGAAUGUAGCAGCUCUGGUGUCAACUACACCUGUUCUUGUGUUGAAGGAUUCCAGGGAGAAAAUUGCGAAAAUGGUAAUUUAAAGCUUAACGAAAAAUUUGUUACCAGUGAAAGUGUGAGGAUAAAAUGCCUCCAAUACUGCGGUACCUUUUAGCAAAAGUUUCGACAGGUUGAUUUUGAAAAAUGAAAGCUUAAGAAUGACGAAAUAACUCUACAGCAGGUUAGUAGAGUUCGUCUCCGAUUCAGGAUCACAGGAUCUUCCCAGACCCCACCUUUUCCUUUUCUUUUUUGUUGGAAAACUUCGUUCUUAUUCUUAUUAUCAAAUUUUCUAUUUAGAGUGCAUUUAAACUAACUGGUUGCUCCGUUUUAAGCCUAUAUUUCCGGCUGCGUGGUUAAAGUGAAAGAACUUCUGAAACGCUCCACUAGAAUUCCCCAAACUGCUCGCCGAGAAGGAAACGUAGGCACGUUUCAGCUUCAAGAAAAUUGCUACAAACUAACUGGAUCUUCAUUUAACUAUAAAGAUACACGGAGACACAGGGCAGCCCAUAAUUGACAUUCAAAAAUCGAUUGAUUAAUCGAUCCAAUGAUUUAUGUUAAUGCCUAAGAAAUUCAAACUUAAAAAAAAAAAAGUCACAAAUAAGAAAGACACACCAUCACACCAUAGCUAUAAAGUUGUUCGUUGUAUUCGCGCUUGAUUUGUCCCCUCUCUCUCCCCCUCAUCCCUGAACCAACUCAGAAUAAAAGGCUUGACUUUUUUCAUAUCAGAACAGUGAGGAAUGGAAACUCGAACUCAAAAGUUACUUAAACCUGUCUAUCAGGGACAACCUUUGUGCUUAGAAAUUUUAACUUUGAUGUUUUCCAUUCUGGCUAGAUAUCAACGAAUGUAUAACUUUACAUCCAUGCCAAAAUGGCGGACAGUGCACAAACACACAAGGCGGCUACGAAUGCAAAUGCAAACCUGGGUUUAUAGGAAAAAAUUGUGAAAAAGGUGAGAAAAUUACUGGGCAUUAGCUGUUGUUCAUAGCUGUUGUGCUUGCAAAGAAAGUAACAAGUUAACCUUCUGCAGACAAACUUGGGGACUUCGACGGUAACCUUUAGAGCAGGCGAAAUUUUGGCGAGCAACCGCUCAUUAUUUUCUCAACAAAAAUUAUAGCCACCAUCUUUGGUUUUAAUGGCAGCGGAAGGCUGGGAGGAAAAAGAAAUAUCCACUAAGGGGGCGGUCGACGGUCAAUGAUAGGGAGAGGGGUGGGGGGAGUGAAGAUUACGCCUACCGAGGUCAUUAUUAUUUUGCAAAACUCUGUUCGCCCACUAACGGAUUUCCUGAUGGCCACGGUUAAGCUCCAGCUGUCAAUUUAAGUAGCGGAAAAAUGAGAUGGAUGGCAAACUCUGUAAAUGAUGAAGUUGUUAGUUUCGAUUCCGCCUUGAAGGAAGGAAGUGUCUUUCAGAAUUUAAUAUUUCUCGUGCAUCAAAAUCGGAAGAAAAAGAAACAAUUGCUACACUGGUUCUGGAAAGGAUCUACUGCCAGUGUUGCCAAAUGACUUUGGGAAAAGCCUGAUGCUUCAGGUGUUGGUUCGUAUGAAAGAAAUUAUGACGGGGAAACCUUCGAGCGUAGUUGUCGUUUUUCCGCUCCAACGUAUUGUUUAUGAUCAAAUGGAAUAGACAUCUUCGAUCGGGUUAGCGGUAGCUACGCUCACGGAUUGGCUAUAAUUUUGGAGGACAUAGAGUCCGGCAAAUAUCAACUCGUACUUGCGUCGGCAGAGAACGUUUUGGUGAAGUCAUUUCUUUCGUUGAUGAAAAAAAAAAAAUCCACACCGUUUUACCAUAGUAUGCCGGUUUGCAACAAACUAAUUAUGGCGCGUAAAACUUCGAAUGCUGUUGUUUGUGCUUCAAAGUAUCGUUUACGAACAGUUGGAAGAAAAACAGUCAAAUAGAUUAACAGCAGCCAUACUCAAGGAUUGUUAUUUGAAAAAUUUAGAGUGCAGGAAACAUCAGCUCAUAUUUGUGACGGCAGGGAGGUUUCUUCGAAGCAGUUUUGUUCCUGGGUGAAAAAAAAACGACCUUAUUAUUUCACUCAUCGACUCUAUGUAUUUUUUUUUUGUAGGAAGACAGUCCUACUGGUUUUUAAGUUAACUCAUGUGGAUUGGUUACCUGCUCAUUUCUGUAAAUGCAGUGAUGCACAGCUUAUUAGGGGGUGGGGGUGUUUUGCUUUUCAACAGCCUCCUCGGGCAGGCGUCUUCUCGCCCUUUCCCCGCCUCCUACCCCCACCGUCCACUCUAACUCUAAAUCAAACAUGGCGGGUCGGAUGAACGAUUGCUGGCUUAUAACGUUAGCUCGGCCUAGUAAGACACCUGCACUGCAGGCUAUUUCAAUGGCAGUUCAGUGAUAUUGGAACCUACUUAAGUUUCGCGAAACUAACUGGGCACUCUGACGAUAAGGGGAGGGUCACACACCUUUUCCAGCGUUUUUUAGAGAGGAUUUUUGUGACGUUUCUUUCCAUUUUCUCACAGAUUAAGUUUUUCUUUUCACCCACUUUGAUUUAAUACGGUAUUCUAUUAUAGGUACUUGGUUACAUUCCUUCAUGUAUAUUGUGCCAUGGUGCAUAGUUUUCUCGGAGGACUCGUGUCCUUUUCCGUCCGUAUCGAGACCCAUUAGACUCAGGUAUCGUUUCUUCAGCUUCCUGCUUCCGCUUCCUGAUCUCCUAAGUCAUUUGGUUCUGAAGAGGUACUACUAAAUUCAACAAUGCGCUCUACCCUGUCACUGUCACUGUCAGACUCGGAAUUUGAGUCAGAGGCUGGCUGAAUGCUGUUGUGACUAUCCUGCACAAUAGAAGUCCUCCUCCCACCACUCUCACCUUCUCAUCUUUCUUUCCUUUAAAUGCAAUAUUAUGGUGAUCAAUGUAAAGUUCAAGUUUACCUACUCUAAGGGAAGACAAUCGGUUUCUGUGAUAGAGAUCUUUCAGUCAAUAUCAUUGUAUUCCUGUUGCUUUCUUUCUGCACGUUUCUUGUCAUUAUUUGUUCGCCGCUUAUCUUUCCUCAUUUCAAUGUCCGUUAGUUGCUCAAUAUAAUCUGCAAGAAUGCAAGCUUUUCCGAAACAAUGUCUUUUUCAGGAAACUGUUUGAUUGCCUUUUUAUCCCCUGCCCUGAGCUUACCCUCUUGAAAUAAGAGCGUAACCUCAUAAGGUUUGCGGCCGCUUUUAGGUGUUUUCGUACUUGAUGAGUAGUGAAAGUCGAGAAGUUUGCUGUAAUCGGGAUAGAGUCGUGGAGUUGGCGUCGCUGAAAAGGACUUACAAAGUCUGAAAGUUUAUACUUUCAUUUUCAAACUUCAGCUAUAAAACGCAAAAUAUCCCACACUGAUUGUUCGCAUUCUCUUGUUUCAGCUCGCACACAUCCAAUGUCGAGAUAUAUUUAUAUUGAAACAUUUUGCGUUCGCAAGAGAAAUGUUGUGAGGUUUCUGCGCCAUGGAACAUACCAUGUAGUUGUUAGGGGGACACUUUAUUUACAUUUGUGGUUUGGUUGGCUUGACAAGAUUACACACACUUAAAGAUACUAUCUGGAAAUUGUUUUAUCCUUCAAUGAACAAAAGUCGUUUACAUGUCACUCUUUUUUACUUUGCAGCUUCCAUUGCACCAGAUCCUGUGGCCGUCUAUCCUCUAAACAGCAAGUAUCUAUCAAGAGAAAUUAAAGAUCGACUGUCCCCAGGCAUCCUCAGCCAUGUGUCUCUGGCACCUGGAAUCGAUGGAAAGGAAGGCGGCUCCUACCAAUUCGCAGGAAAUAUCGGCAGUUACAUUGAGUUUCCGAAUAAUGGAGGAUUAGACGUAAAGCACUCCAUUACGAUUUUAUGUUGGGUGUAUCCUCAGACUCCAGAUGGUCCUCUCUUCCAGUACGGCGGUACCCAUCGUUGGGGUGUUCUCUUGUGGAUGUCGAAAGGAAAGUUGUAUGCUUAUUUCCCACACAGGAACUACCAAGGCUCAAAGUUUCUGUAUUACGAUGCUUUGGCUUUGGCUUUUAACCAGUGGCAUUACGUGGGUAGUAGCGUAUGACUUCAUUUCCGGUGAGGCAAAUGUAUGGUUAAAUGGACAAUCGGUGGUAAAGAUGAAUAUUGGAAAAGAGACUGAACUUGCCACUGAAGAUGAAGUCCGAAUUGGUGCUAUCAACAUGGAUAGACGGUACUUUCAGGGACGAGUCACCGCCGUACAACUUUAUGACGUGGCCCUGAACGCUGAGCAAAUAAAGGCCGUGAUAGGGGUUGGUCAUGGCGGUAAUUAUUCUAAGACUUUAAUUUAUGCCAAUUGAUAACGUCUUCAUAAACCAGUUAUCGCGGUACCGCUAUUUUUUUAGAAUUCAUGUAAAUCUUUUGCACAUUGCUUCGUAGUUUACAGUCUAACGAAUAGAGGGUCUUGUAUCGGGUGUAAUGAGGGAGGCCAUUUUACUGAUAGAAGUCUGUGUGUUUGUAGCUGAUGUUUGCGCAUACAAAAAGCCCUGUCAGAAUGGGGGUGAAUGUAGCAGCUCUGGUGUCAACUACACCUGUUCUUGUGUUGAAGGAUUCCAGGGAGAAAAUUGCGAAAAUGGUAAGUUAAAGCUUAAAGAAAAAAGCGUUAUCAGUGAAAGUGUGAGGAUAAAAUGCCUCCAAUACUGCGAUACCUUUAGCAAAAGAUUCCACAGGUUGAUUUUGAAAAAUGAAAGCUUAAGAUUGACAAAAUAACUCUACAGCAGGUUAGUAGAGUUCGUCUCCGAUUCUGGAUCACCGGAUCUUCCCUGACCCAACUUUUUCCUUUUCUUUUUUGUUGGAAAACUUCGUUCUUAUUCUUAUUAUCAAAUUUUCUAUUUAAAGUGCAUUUAAACUAACUGGUUGCUCCGUUUUAAGCUUAUAUUUCUCGCUGCGUGGUUAAAGUGAAAGAACUUCUGAAACGCUCCACUAGAAUUCCCCAAACUGCUCGCCAAAAAGGAAACGUAGGCACGUUUCAGCUUCAAGAAAAUUGCUACAAACUAACUGGAUCUUCAUUUAACUAUUAAGAUACACGGAGACACAGGGCAGCCCAUAAUUGACAUUCAAAAAUCGAUUGAUUAAUCGAUCCAAUGAUUUAUGUAAAUGCCUAAAAAAUUCCAACUUAAAAAAAAAAAAUUCAUAAAUAAGAAAGACACACCAUCACACCAUAGCUAUAAAGUUGUUCGUUGUAUUCGCGCUUGAUUUGUCCUCUCUCUCUCCCCCUCAUCCCUGAACCAACUCAGAAUAAAAGGCUUUAUUUUUUUCAUAUUAGAGCAGUGAGGAAUGAAAACUCGAACUCAAAAGCUACUUAAACCUGUCUCUCAGGGACAACCUUUGUGCUUAGAAAUUUUAACUUUGAUGUUUUCCAUUCUGGCUAGAUAUCAACGAAUGUAUAACUUUACAUCCAUGCCAAAAUGGCGGACAGUGCACAAACACACAAGGCGGCUACGAAUGCAAAUGCAAACCUGGGUUUACAGGAACAAAUUGUGAAAAAGGUGAGAAAAUUACUGGGCAUUAGCUGUUGUUCAUAGCUGUUGUGCUUGCAAAGAAAGUAACAAGUUAACCUUCUGCAGACAAACUUGGGGACUUCGACGGUAACCUUUAGAGCAGGCGAAAUUUUGGCGAGCAACCGCUCAUUAUUUUCUCAACAAAAAUUAUAGCCACCAUCUUUGGUUUUAAUAGCAGCGGAAGGCUGGGAGGAGAAAGAAAUAUCCACCAAGGGGGCGGUCGACGGUCAAUGAUAGGGAGAGGGGUGGGGGGAGUGAAGAUUACGCCUGCCGAGGUCAUUAUUAUUUUGCAAAACUCCGUUCGCCCACGAACGGAGUUCCUGAUGGCCGCGAUUAAGCUCCAGCUGUCAACUAAGAGCCAAAUGUGUUAUUUGGACAUUUUGCUGUAGCGGGAAAUUGCGAAGGAUGGCAAACUCUGUAAAUGAUGAAGUUGUUAGUUUCAAUUCCUCUUUGAAGGAAGCAAGUGUCUUUCUUUCUCGUGCAUCAAAAUCGGAAGAAAAAGAAACAAUUGCUACACUGGUUCUGGAAAGGAUCUACUGCCAGUGUUGCCAAAUGACUUUGGGAAAAGCCUGAUACUUCAGGUGUUGGUUCGUAUGAAAGAAAUUAUGACGGGGAAACCUUCGAGCGUAGUUGUCGUUUUUCCGCUCCAACGUAUUAUUUAUGAUCAAAUGGAAUAGACAUCUUCGAUCGGAUUAGCGGUAGCUACGCUCACGGAUUGGCCAUAAUUUUGGAGGACAUAGAGUCCGGCAAAUAUCAACUCGUAUUUGCGUCAGCAGAGAACGUUUUGGUGAAGCCAUUUCUUUCGUUGAUGAAAAAAAAAACAAAAACAAAAAAAAAAAAAAAAAACCACACUGUUACACCAGAGUAUGCCGGUUUGCAUCAAACAAAUUAUGGCGCGUAAAACUUCGAGUGCUGUUGUUUGUGCUUCAAAGUAUCGUUUACGAUCAGUUGGAAGAAAAACAGUCAAAUAGAUUAACGGCAGCCAUACUCAAGGAUUGUCGUUUGGAAAAUUUAGAGUGCAGGAAACAUCAGCUCAUAUUUGGGACCGCAGGGAGGUUUCUUCGAAGCAGUUUUGUUCCUGGGUGAAAAAAAAAAAACGACCUUAUUAUUUCACUCAUCGACUCUAUGUGUUUUUUUUUGUAGGAAGACAGUCCUACCGGUUUUUAAUUUAACUCAUUUCGAUUGGUUAUCUGCUCAUUUCCGUAAAUGCAGUGAUGCACAGCUUAUUAGGGGGUGUUUUGCUUUUCAACGGCCUCCUCGGGCAGGCGUCUUUUCGUCCUUUCCCCGCCCCCUACCCCCACCGUCCACUCUAGCUCUAAAUCAAACAUGGCGGGUCGGAUGAACGAUUGCUGGCUUAUAACGUUAGCUCGGCCUAGUAAGACACCUGCACUGCAGGCUAUUUCAAUGGCAGUUCAGUGAUAUUGGAACCUACUUAAGUUUCGCGAAACUAACUGGGCACUCCGAUGAUAAGGGGAGGGUCACACACCUUCUCCAGCGUUUUUUAGAGAGGAUUUUUGUGACGUUUCUUUCCAUUUUCUCACAGAUUAAGUUUUUCUUUUCACCCACUUUGAUUUAAUUUGAUAUUCUAUUAUAGGUACUUGGUUACAUUCCUUCAUGUAUAUUGUGCCAUGGCACAUAGUUUUCUCGGAGGACUCGUGUCCUUUUCCGUCCGUAUCGAGACCCAUUAGACUCAGGUAUCGUUUCUUCAGCUUCCUGCUUCCGCUUCCUGAUCUCCCUGAUCUCUAAAUUCAACAAGUCAUUUGGUUCUGACUCGGAAGAGUCAGAGGCUAGAAUCUUUCUAGUCAAUCAAAAUCAUUGUAUUCUCAUCUUUCUUUCCUUUUGCAAUACUGUGGUGAUGAAUAAAAGUUCGUUUACCCCUAAGGGAUGUCACCGGUUUAUUUGUUGGCCGCUUAUCAUUUCCUUUUUUUUUCACUGUUUAUUUGUUCAGUUAUCCUCAUUUCAAUCAGAUAAUCAAGAUAAUGCAAGAAAUGCAAGCUUUUCUGAAACAAUGUCUUUUUCAGGCAACUGUUUGAUUGCCUUUUUAUCCCCUGCUCUGGGCCUACCCUCUUGAAACAUCUGUUUUAUUGGAGCUCGAGGCUGAUAAUCAUAAGGUUUGCGGCCGCUCGUAAGUGUUUUCGUACUUGGUGGGUAGUGAAAGUCGAGAAGUUUGCUGUAAUCGGGAUAAAGUCGUGGAGUUGGCGUCGCUGGAGAAGGACUUACGAAGUCUCAAAGUUUAUACUUCCAUUUUCAAACUUCAGCUAUAAAACGCAAAAUAUCCUAUACUGAUUGCUCGCAUUUUCUUGUUCCAGCUCGCACACAUUCAAUGUCGAGAUAUAUCUAUAUUCAAACAUUUUGCGUUCGCAAGAGAAGUGUUUUGAGGUUUCUACGCCAUGGAACCUACCAUGUAGUAGUGAGGGCGAAACUUUAUUUGCAUUUGUGUUUUGGUUGGCUUUAUAGGAUUAUACACACUUAAAGAUACUAUCUGGAAACUGUUUUAUCCUUCAAUGAACAAAAGUCGUUUACAUGUCACUCUGUUUUACUUUGCAGCUUCCAUUGCACCAGAUCCUGUGGCCGUCUAUCCUCUAAACAGCAAGUAUCUAUCAAGAGAAAUUAGAGAUCGACUGUCCCCAGGCAUCCUCAGCCAUGUGUCUCUGGCACCUGGAAUCGAUGGAAAGGAAGGCGGCUCCUACCAAUUCGCAGGAAACAUCGGCAGUUACAUUGAGUUUCCGAAUAAUGGAGGAUUAGACGUAAAGCACUCCAUUACGAUUUUAUGUUGGGUGUAUCCUCAGAGUAGAGAGGGUCCUCUCUUCCAGUACGGCGGUACCCAUCGUUGGGGUGUUCACAUGUGGAUAGGGCAAGGAACGUUGUUUGUAAGAUUCUCACGCAGGAACUACCAAUCCACAAGGCAUCUACUUUACAAGGCUAUGGCUUUGGCUUUUAACCAGUGGCAUUACGUGGGUAGCUCGUAUGACUUCAUUUCCGGUGAGGCAAAUUUGUGGUUAAAUGGACAAUCGGUGGUAAAGAUGAAUAUUGGAAAAGAGAUGGAACUUGCCACUCAAGAUGAAGUUCGAAUUGGUGCUAUCAACAUGGAUAGACGGUACUUUCAGGGACGAGUCACUGCCGUACAACUUUAUGACGUGGCCCUGAACGCUGAGCAAAUAAAGGCCGUGAUAGGCGUUGGUCAUGGCGGUAAUUAUUCUAAGACUUUAAUUUAUGCCAAUUGAUAACGUCUUCAUAAACCAGUUAUCACGGUACCGCUAUUUUUUUAGAAUUCAUGUAAAUCUUUUGCACAUUGCUUCGUAGUUUACAGUCUAACGAAUAGAGGGUCUUGUAUCGGGUGUAAUGAGGGAGGCCAUUUUACUGAUAGAAGUCUGUGUGUUUGUAGCUGAUGUUUGCGCAGACAACAAGCCUUGUCAGAAUGGGGGUGAAUGUAGCAGCUCUGGUGACAGCUACACCUGUUCUUGUGUUGAAGGAUUCCAGGGGAAAAAUUGCGAAAAUGGUGAGUUAAAGCUUAACAAAAAAUGUGUCAUCAGCGAAAGUGUGAGGAUAAAAUGCCUCCAAUACUGCGAUACCUUUUAGCAAAAGUUUCGACAGGUUGAUUUUGAAAAAGGAAAGCUUAAGAUUGACAAAAUAACUCUACAGCAGGUUAGUGGAGUUUGUCUCCGAUUCAGGAUCACAGGAUCUUCCCAGACCCCACUUUUUCCUUUUCUUUUUUGUUGGAAAACUUCGUUCUUAUUCUUAUUAUCAAAUUUCUAUUUAGAAUGCAUUUAAACUAACUGGUUACUCCGUUUGAAGCCUAUAUUUCUCGCUGCGUGGUUAAAGUGACUAGAAUUCCCCAAACUGCUCGCCGAGAAGGAAAAGUUGGCAUGUUUUUGCUUUAAGAAAAUUGCGAGAAACUAACUGGAUCUUCACUUCACUAUAAAGAUACACAGAGACACAGGGCAGCCCAUAAUUGAAAUUCAAAAAUCGAUUGAUUAAUCGUUCCAAUGAUUUAUGUUAAUGCCUGAAAAGUCAGACUUAACAGAUGCUUCUUUAAACAAAUAAGAAAGACACACCAUAACUAUAAAGUUGUUCGUUAUAUUCGCGCUUGAUUUGUCCCCUCCCCCCCUCCCUGAACCAACUCAGAAUAAAAGGCUUGACUUUUUUCAUAUCAGAAUAGUGAGGGAUGAAAUUUCGAACUCAAAAGUAACUUAAACCUGUCUCUCAGGGACAACCUUUGCGCUUAGAAAUUUUAACUUUGAUGUUUUCCAUUCUGGCUAGAUAUCAACGAAUGUAUAACUUUACAUCCAUGCCAAAAUGGCGGACAGUGCACAAACACACAAGGCGGCUACGAAUGCAAAUGCAAACCUGGGUUUACAGGAACAAAUUGUGAAAAAGGUGAGAAAAUUACUGGGCAUUAGCUGUUGUUCAUAGCCGUUGUGCUUGCAAAGAAAGUAACAAGUUAACCUUCUGCAGACAAACUUGGGGACUUCGACGGUAACCUUCAGAGCAGGCGUAAUUUUGGCGAGCAAGUGCUAGUUAAUUUCUCAACGAAAAUUAUAGCCACCAUUUUUGGUUUUAAUGGAAGCGGAAGGCUGGGAGGAGAAAGAAAUAUCCACCAAGGGGGCGGUCGACGGUCAAUGAUAGGGAGAGGGGUGGGGGGAGUGAAGAUUACGCCUGCUGAGGUCAUUGUUAUUUUGCAAAACUCCGUUCGCCCACGAACAGAGUUCCUGAUGGCCGCGGUUAAGCUCCAGCUGUGAAUUAAGAGCCAAAUGUGUCAUUUGGACAUUUUGCUGUUGCGGAAAAAUGCGAAGGAUGGCAAACUCUGUGAAUGAUGAAGUUGAUAGUUUCGAUUCCGCCUUGAAGGAAGCAAGUGUCUUUCGGAAUUUAAUAUUUCUCGUGCAUCAAAAUCGGAAGAAAAAGAAACAAUUGCUACACUGGUUCUGGAAAGGAUCUACUGGCCGUGUUGCCAAAUGACUUUGGGAAAAGCCGUUUCACCAGAGUAUGCCGGUUUGCAUCAAACAAAUUAUGGCGCGUAAAACCUCGAAUGCUGUUGUUUGUGCUUCAAAGUAUCGUUUACGAUCAAUUGGAAGAGAACAGUCAAAUAGAUUAACGGCAGCCAUACUCAAGGAUUGUCGUUUGGAAAAGUUAGAGUGCAGGAAACAUCAGCUCAUUUUUGUGACCGCAAGGAGGUUUCGUCGAAGCAAUUUUGUUCCUGGGGGAGAAAAAACGACGUUACCAUUUCACUCAUCGACUCUAUAUGUUUUUUUUAGUAGGAAGACACUGCUUUCGGUUUUAAUUUAAAUCAUUUUGAUUGGUUACCUGCUCAUUUCCGUAAAUGCAGUGAUGCGCAAAUAAAUAGAGGGUGUUUUGCUUUUCAACAGCCUCCUCGGGCAGGCGUCUUCUCGCCCUUCCCCCGCCACCAACCCCCACUGUCCGCCCUAACUCCAAAUGAAACAUGGCCGGUCGGAUAAAAGAUCGUGAGCUUAUAACGUUAGCUUCCUCUAAUAAGACACCUGCACUGCAGGCUAUUUCCACGGCAGUUCAGUGAUAUUUGAACCUACUUAAGUUUCGCGAAACCAAUUGGGCACUCCGAUGAUAAUGGGAACUGAACUCUUAAAAAAUCCUAUUACUGAUACCAGAGCCGGGCCUUAUUACGUUAUAUUUUUUCUUGAAAGGUAUAUUAUAUGUUAAUGAGGACCUACUCGUUUCCGGUACUAGCCAAUGCUACCUUUUCUCUUCUUUUGAAUCUUGCAAUGACUUUCCUUCUGUAAAAUAUAUGGAUUUACCGUCAGCGUAGAUUAAUGUGUGGACAAUUCAGUGUGGCAGAUCUAUGUUCGCACAUUAAUUUGACAUUCUAAGAACGUUACGUAAUAACUACGCAGAUACAUGGUAGCUCUACCGCUCCUUAUGAAGCUUUAUCAUCCCUCUUUCUUAGAGCCAGGUGUAUACAGUGGAUACGAUACUAUUUUACAUAAACACUUUCAAUGGCGCGCGCAGUCUCUUGGACGGAUUAGGCUACAUGAGAUUCACCCCACGAGAAAAAAAUUGCGAAAACGAUCUCGGCUUUUAUAUCACCUUUCCUACGUUUUUUUAUGAAAUGCAGAUGAGGACGAUUGUUUAAAUGCUGUGUGUUACAAUGGAGGAAAGUGUAUCGACGGAAUCAACAGCUACACGUGUGACUGCAAGGAAGGAUUCAUUGGAGAACAGUGUGGUAAGAACGCUAAAAACGGUUAUGUUUUGGUGACACCUUUUCUCGAACUGUUAAGGCUCUCCGACAAAAUAGAAAUUAAAAAAACUUAAAAAAGAGGUAAAAUUUGACCCACCUCUUUACCGCUCCAGCAUUCCUCUUUGAAAUACAUUUUGGUUCGCUUUGGGGGUACAAGGGUUUUUUUCCUUUUUUUGAACCUACUCUUUUCAUAUUUUUGUUCUCUUUGUUCUACGUCAUUGAUUAGUUCUACUGAUUUUCAGGGCGAGACUGAAAGCUUGCUUUUGCCUACCAAACAGCUUAAAGCCCGACUUUGUCAUGAGAUUCAAACCUUACUCUGUACAUACACUUACCUAUCCCCUUUCGAAAAUGUACGAGGCAAGAAAUUUCUGGCGAGUGUCGUCGCUCAUUGUUAUCUUUAUUACAAUUCAAAGACUGAGAAGUAAACAUCUUUUAUAGGAAAUUGUGCAUUAUGGCCUUAAGAAAAAACCCUUCCUUACUUAAUCGUAUCGAUGGAGUUGAUUGUAUGUGUUAUAGAGUGGGAAAAGCAAGGAUGCUUUAAAGAAGUCAAAAAGAAAAACAAGGCCAUGGGUAAAGUUCUUGGAAAAUUCAGAAAGUACAAGAAGAAUAUCAAAGGUGCUGUGGAAGCUUGUAUGAAAGCAGCUAAGGGGAAAAAACUGGAGAUCUUUGGGGUUCGUGGGAAAUUCAGCUGUGCGACAACCAAAGGCAAUGCUGAUUACAAGAUGCAUGGUGCAUCACCCAAAGGGUGCAAAGAAGAAGGAGAUUACGGAGUCGGAGUAAAAUUGGCCAAUUAUGUCUACAUUUUGAAGAAGAAUUAGAGCCAUAAACUUUACAGCACGGGAUCGUUAGUUCACGGUGAGUCCAAAGUUACAAUUACUUAAGAUUUCCACGAGACAAUACCGAUUAAAAUAUAGGUUCCAGAAUUCGUUUGCAGUAGUUUGGCAAAAGCUGUUUACCUAAUUCGUCCGUUAAGAAAGGAAAACGCUGCGGUUCCCAGACAGCCGAUCAUAUAGCCACUACGUAAAAAAAGAAAAAAAAAUCAUGUAAGAUUGAAGUGCGCUUCACUAACCCUAUCAAAGGUGUCGUUUAAAUGCUGUCAGUAUAAGUAUUUUUAAACGUUGACGCAUUAAUUUUUGCUUUACACUGUGCUCAUUACAACAACGAAACAAACUGCUUAGUUAUAAGGAACAAUGAGAUAAGAAAUGAAGUGAGAAUAUUUAUUACUCUUGAGGUAUCUGUGCAGAUUAACCUAAAUUCAUUCAAUGGUAAUCAGAGAACAGCGUCAAACAACAUGUGACUGAUUUCUUCGUUUUCUUGGCCGCCGACUCUUGUGCGCUUCCUCCCUACAAAGGAAAGCCUGAUCGCAUAAUCAUGAUGAAAAAAGAAACCUAACCACCAAAGUGGUUCUCAUUGGGGCCCUGAAAAAGAAAAUUAUGAUGUCAAGAAAAGUUUCAGUGACAAACACUUGCUUGUGUCACAUUAGAUCUACAUUACAAGUUUAUUUGUUCACGUUGCAUUUUUUUCCCUCUCAGGCCUGGUUAUCAGCAAGAAGUUGCAACGAAGAUUAGAAAGAGUAGAAAGAAACUGAAAUGUAUCAGCUUAUCCGAAUCGUGGGGUUUUAUCUGGGAUCAAUAAAGUGUGUGGAAAAACUAUCAGUGUUGCAAUUCUUUUAAAAGAUUAUUGAUGAUUGUUGGUCAGGAAUGGUUAUCAGCGGAAAUUAGGAAUUCUUAUCAAUAGACCCAAACGAAAUUAUUCUGUGGUAUGAAGAAAUAAUUGACGCGCACAAGCCGAAAAAUAAGGACAUAGAAAUUUCGUCUUUCGAUUCACAUAAAGCGUUCAAAGAGGAGACUUAACAUGUUAGACAUGUCACUCAAAACAAAGAGAUCAUUCUUACCUCCUCACCUUGCCGUAAUAAGCUGCACUGUUGUAUCUCAUUUCGAUCCGUGCCAAUGUUUGGUUGCUUCAAGUUAGCUCAAGUGUUAAUACGCACUAAAUCAUUAUAGCCACUGUUUUACGCCACAGAGGAUAUCUUCCAAAGUCCAUGUUAUUAAUGUUAUUGGAGGGUUGUGGUCAACCGUUGGCGUAAAAACUGACAAAUUUUGUCGUUAGUCGAAGAAACCCUUAACGCUAAAAUUGUUUCUAUUGUCCGUAACGGAAAGAAAGCAACUGUUAGCCGUAAAAUAGCUAACAUUUUAAGCGUUAGCCGUAAUAGCCAUCAUCUCAUUGUGCUCUUCGAUGAUACACAUCCAAAAUGUUUCCUCUUCUUUUUCACUUUUUUAGAUUAAAAUCAAUUCUCGGGCGAGGCGAAGAAAAUUUCAGUGCUAAACCCAAUGGGUCCCAUAGUUUUUUCGACUUCUUUCAGCGAAACUAACUUUUCCACUAUGUGUUGUGAUGAUGAGGCAAACAUCCCUUAAAGGCUGAAAGCCAAGGGAACCUUGAAACCGUAUGCCCACCGUAACUUUACGAUCAUGUGCAAUUGCACCCUCAAGAACAAGUC